UGCAAAGAGAGAGCUUAUCCAUUACACCACUAUAAAAAUGGAAAGGAAUUCAACCAUUGGGAGCUCAAGCCAGUGUUGACAAAUAGGAGAAGAAGCUCAUCUUUUACUUCUGAUCUCUUUUUCUAUCUCACCCCAAAACCCAAAUCCCAAAUCUUUCUCUUCUGCUCAUCAAUGGCAUCCAACAAACUUUUCCAUGCAAAAAGAGAGAAAAAUAGCUUCAUUUUUGUCAGCCAAGAUGCUGAUUUCAAUUCUCUGAAUACUCCUGAGAAUCUUUUUGAUUUUGAUGAGGCUGACGUUUGGAAUAACAGUAAUAAUUCCAGUGGAGUUUCGGCAUUUGAAGCCAAGAAGAUCAUACCCAGUUCGCGUCCAUUAAGAAAAGGUGGCAGAAACAUGGUGGUGGAAAGGACGAGCCGGUCGGUGAACUGCGCUGCGUCGUUGCCGGUGAACAUACCAGAUUGGUCCAAGAUUUAUAGGGAAGAUAACUACACAAGGCAUCAUAAGCAGGAUGAUGAUCAAGAUCAAGAUCAAGAUAGUGAGUAUGAUGGUGAUCAUGACCAUGGUGGUGAUGAUGAAGAUGAAAGGAUACCUCCCCAUGAAUAUUUAGCUAGAAGAAGAGGGGCUUCUUUUUCAGUUCAUGAAGGAAUAGGGAGGACACUGAAAGGGAGAGACUUGAGGCAGGUGAGAAAUGCAAUUUGGAAGAAAGUUGGGUUUGAAGAUUAAUUAGCAAAAGAAAGAUUAAUUAGAUAGAGGGGGAUUAUUAAUUAUAUUAUAUAAUCUAUGUAUAGAUGAGGAUGGGAGGAUGAUCAUGCACUAAUUAAUUUUCUUUGUUAGGGUACUUUUUUUUUUUUUAAAUGUGUUUCUUGUCAAGUAUCAAGUCCUCUCUGGUUAUGGGUGUUUUGAAAUUAUAAUCAGAGGAAGAAGAAGAAGAAGAUGAAGACAUAUAGUUUGUUCAGUUGUGUUUCUUUUGUUGAUUCCUUUGAGAUCUCGUGUAAGAGCAUAGGAGAGAAGGAAGAAACUGCAGAAGUGAAAUGGAGUUGUUGGUGGGUGUGAGUGGUUGGCAAAGAAAGCUACAUACUAGCUUGCAGCUACAACAAUCCUUCAAGUAAAAUCUACUGUUCAUCUUUAAUCAUCUUAAUCUACAACUCUCUCUCUUUUUUU